GAGGGCCGCGUGCUGACCCGGAAGUCCCCGGAGCCCGCCGCUCUCUGCCAGCUCCUCUUUGUCCGUCCAGCCCGCCGGAGUCCCCCGCACCAUGGCCGAUAAGAUGAGCAUGUCCCUGGACGACAUCAUCAAGAUGAACCGGAGAGGCGGAGGAGGAGGCCGGAGGAGCGGGGCCGGCCCGGGUCGAACCGGCGGCUCGUCCAGGCCGGACCGGGGGCGGCAGAGCAACUUCAGCCGGGACAGAAACAACAGGUCCUCCCCGUACACACGGCCCAGAGAGCUGCCGGACAAAUGGCAGCACGACAUGUUCGAGGACGACGGCGGCGCCGUGGAGUCCAGACCGCUGAGGACUGGAGGAGGAGGAGGAGGAGGAGGAGGCAGCGGCAAGCUGCUGGUGUCCAAUCUGGACUUCGGUGUUUCAGAUUCAGACAUCAAGGAGCUGUUUGCAGAGUUCGGGCCGUUGAAGAAGGCCUGUGUGCACUACGACCGCUCCGGGCGCAGCAUCGGCACCGCAGACGUCCACUUCGAGGACCGGGCCGACGCCCUGAGGGCCCUGAAGCAGUACAACGGCGUCCCGCUGGACGGUCGCGCAAUGGAAAUCCAGCAGGUGUCUUCAGAUGAUUCAUGGAGCAGAGGGACCACACAGAGAGGCUUCGACAGGAGCCGGCUCGGUCAGCCGGCGUUUGAGAGGCGGCGAGGCGGAGGAGGAGGCGGCGGUGGCGGCGGCGGGGGCAGAGGAGGGUUCAGAGGUCGAGGGCGGGGGGGCGGAAACAGGCCCACCCUGUCUGCAGAGGAGCUGGACGCCCAGCUGGAUGCCUACAACGCCAAGAUGGACACCAGUUAGCUUCCUGCUGGACUCCUGGAGCUCUGAAGCCAUCUCCCCUCCCGGACCACUCUCUCUUUUUAGGAUUCCUCUUUUCAGUAGCCAUGUCUUGUUUUUUUAGGGAAACGAGUUGAUUUUUUCCCCCUCGUUUCGUGGAUAGACAGUCGCCUUAAUCCUGCAGCUGGUUAGAUUUUAUUUAACUGUGUAAACAUGACUCGGUUCCAGGCGGAUUAAUGUGAAUCUGCUCCGCCACUUCUUUACUGGACAUGUUGAAAAGUUUUUGUACAUAAACACAUUUAAUGGAAACCUCUUUACAGUCGUUCUCAUUAUUCUGUCGGCCUG